GGCUAUCUUUUCCCUUCCAUGCAAGGACAAAUUCUUUGAUAAAUGUGUGAGAGAGAAAGACAGAAAUCAGAGAGAGAGAGGGGUUGGUGCGUGGUUUGUAAGUUGCUUGCUUGUAGCAUUUUGCUGAUUUUAAUUUACAGUGAGCACAGGAAAGAAGAGGUAAAGAAGAGAGAAGUGGUAACACAAAACACAAACACAAACAUGUUCGAUGGAGUACCAGACCAGUUCCACCAAUUCAUAACUCCAAGGACCUCUCUACCUCUUCACUUACCUUUCCCUCUCCAUACUUCAGGAGGAACCCCCAAUACGACCACCUUCCCCUCCAAUUUUGAUCCCUAUAACCAUCCCCAUCAAUUGCCACUCCAACCCAACAAUCUCUUGCACCCAUUACACCACAAAGAUGAAGACAAGGAAGAAAACACCACCGUCCCGAUGAACUUGGAAAUCCAAAGGGAUCAAAGGCAACAACUUCCCGAGCUGAUUGAUCCCUGGAAUAACGAUGAAGUGCUUGCGCUCUUGAGGAUCAGAUCUAGCAUGGAAAGUUGGUUCCCAGAACUCACUUGGGAACAUGUCUCAAGGAAGCUAGCAGAGCUUGGAUAUAAGAGGAGUGCAGAGAAGUGCAAGGAGAAGUUUGAAGAAGAGAGUAGAUAUUUCAACAACAUUAAUUACGGCAAGAAUAAUAAUAAUAAUAAUAAUAGUAGCAAUUAUCGGUUUCUUAGUGAGCUUGAACAGCUUUAUCACCAAGGGGGUAGUGGUGAUCAUCAUCUUGAAAAUACGACUCAGCCACCACUGCAGAAACAAGACAAGAUGGGCCACCAUGCAUUGGAGUUGGAAGUAGAAGGGGAUUCUAGAAACGUUGUUGACGCAUUGGUGACAAAACAAAACGAGCAAAGCGACGAGGCACUAGCAGUGGAAAAGAUCACAAAGGACCGCAAGAGGAAGAGGCCUGAUAGGUUUGAGAUGUUCAAGUGUUUUUGUGAGAGCAUUGUGCACAAGAUAAUGGCUCAGCAAGAAGAGAUGCACAACAAGCUCCUUGAGGACAUGAUGAAGAGAGAUGACGAGAAGUUCACUAGAGAGGAAGCUUGGAAGAAGCAAGAGAUUGAGAAGAUGAACAAGGAGCUUGAGAUGAUGGCACGUGAGCAAGCUAUUGCAGGUGAUAGACAAGCCAACAUUAUCCAAAUCCUUAACAAAUUCUCAGCCACUUCGUCCCCUGCAAGCCACACCCUCAAGAAGGUAAACAAUGAUUCAAACCUAAACAUCCACAUUACACAAAACCCUAAUCCUUCACAAACAGAAAACCCUACCUUAAGUGUUGCACAAGACACAUUACAAGUGAUUCCUUCUACUUCUUCUACUUCAACUCCAGCUCUUCCCCAGAACCCUAGUUCUUAUUCUCUAAAUAUCCAGAAUAAUAAUAAUAAUAUUCCAGUAGAGACAAAUUCGGUUUUGAAUAAAGGGAAUGAGAAAGACGAUGUUGGGAGAAGGUGGCCAAAGGAUGAAGUGUUGACACUGAUAAACCUGAGGUGCACCAGUGUGAACAACAACAACAAUGAGGAGAAGGAAGGGAACAACAAGGUCCCUCUUUGGGAGAGAAUCUCACAAGGGAUGUUGGAGUUGGGAUACAAGAGGAGUGCAAAGAGGUGCAAAGAGAAGUGGGAGAACAUAAACAAGUACUUCAGGAAAACCAAGGAUGUUAACAAGAAGAGGUCCCUUGACUCGAGGACUUGUCCCUACUUUCACCAAUUGAGCAGUCUCUAUAAUCAAGGAAAACCCGUUCUGCAAUCUGAAAGCCACUUGAAUAGUCCACCUAAUCAGAAUCCCGAGCAAGUGACACCAGAUCAAACAACACAAGCUCACGAGUCUUCUUCUCAGGUGGGGUCUGGUGGUGGUUUCAGUGUGCAGCAGCAGCAGGUUGAUCAUGGAGGUGAGAAAACCUUGAUGCAAGUACCUUCUUUGGAUUUCGAUCAGUUUUAAUUCAUUGAUUUGUCCAUGUUCUGUCACAUAAUAAGAAGUGUAGCACUUUUUUUUGAAUUUUUGUUUUCUGGUUGAUGCUGGCUUUCUUUAAUAUAGCAUAUAAAUUGAUUGUGUAUAUUUGAAAACUUAGAAUUUGGCGAGCACCGACAGCUAUAGCUAGUUUGAGGAAUGAGAACCAUUAAUAUUUCUAUUCCGGUGUAAGUGUUAUUUUCAUAUUCCGUUUGAUUUUAUUUUA